CAAAUUUCUCCCUUUCUCUCAAUCUUUGGCACCCACAACGUGCCCGACAAAAUUCCCUAACCAAAAAUAAAAAUAAAAGCAAAAUUGUAGCAAGUUUCUCUGUCUUAUCCCGUCUUUUUGCCGACAUUGCGUGAAAUCAUUUCUCUCAUUCGAAACCCAGAUGGGCCAAACCCAACCCCACUUCCUAUAAUCAUCGCACCCACUUGACCCACAUCCAAUUUCUAUCCAUCUCUCAUCCAACCGCAUCACUUACAUAGACAUCUCAUCACCCCCACCCUCGAACCCCGUUUCGUUUCGGGUCUCUGCCCAACUCAAUCGAAGAAAACGUUGAAAACGAUUCCAGAACUACACGAAGAAGAAGGUUGGUUUCUGGGUUAUAUUACAAUUUCGUUUUGGGUCCGUUAUCCUAACAAUAAUCCCGUCUGUUUCCUUCUCUCUCUUUUUUAUUUUUCUGAUAGAGCAUGUCCUACCAGCAGGCUUACGACUUUAAUUACAUGGCUGAUGAGGGGGAAAUGGCCAAUUUUCUUGACGAGAUGGACGAAGAAAACCAUGGACAAGAUGAGAACCUCGACGAAUAUGAUGUGCUUACUAAAGUGACAGAUACUUCAUCUGCCCAAGCAAGAAAGGGAAAAGACAUUCAAGGCAUUCAUUGGGACAGAUUACACAUUACGAGGGAAAAGUACAGAUUGACGCGGCUUGAACAGUACAGGAAUUAUGAGAACAUCCCCUUAUCUGGGGAAGCUGUAGAUAAGGAAUGCAAGCAAAUGGAGAAGGGUGGAAACUACUAUGAUUUUUUCUACAAUACAAGGAUGGUUAAGCCAACAAUUCUUCACUUUCAGCUCAGGAAUCUGGUUUGGGCUUCUUCGAAACAUGAUGUCUAUCUCAUCUCAAAUUAUUCAGUUAUGCACUGGUCUUCCCUAACUGGAAAUUUGUCAGAAAUCCUCAAUUUCGCUGGUCAUGUAGCACCUACUGAGAAGCACGCUGGAAGUUUGUUGGAAGGGUUUUCCCAGACUCAGAUCAGCACACUGGCUGUGAAGGAUAAUUUUCUGGUCGCAGGUGGCUUCCAAGGGGAGCUAAUCUGUAAGCGACUAGACAAAAAAGGAGUCAGUUUUUGUACCCGGACCACUUAUGAUGAAAAUGCUAUUACCAAUGCUGUUGAAAUAUAUGAGAGCUUAAGGGGUGGGACUAAUUUCAUGGCAUCCAAUAAUGAUUGUGGCAUAAGAGAGUAUGAUAUGGAGAGGUUUCAGCUUCUGAAUCAUAUACGUUUUCCUUGGCCCGUGAACCACACAUCGGUAAGCCCUGAUCGCAGGCUUAUUGCCGUUGUUGGAGAUCAUAUAGAUGGACUUCUUGUGGAUUCACAGAGUGGAAAGACUGUUGCUUCAGUAGUUGGUCAUCAAGAUUACUCAUUUGCCUCGGCGUGGCAUCCUGAUGGUCGUACCUUUGCUACUGGGAAUCAGGACAAGACCUGCCGAGUAUGGGACAUAAGAAACCUAUCAACGUCAGUUGCAGUUCUGAAGGGUAACUUGGGUGCUGCACGGUCGAUUCGCUUUUCAGCCGAUGGUCAGUUCAUGGUGGUUGCAGAACCAGCAGAUUUCGUUCAUGUCUAUAGCACAAGGGCUGAUUACAAAAAACGUCAAGAGAUUGAUUUUUUCGGAGAGAUUUCUGGGGUUUCUCUAAGUCCAGACGAUGAGUCUCUCUACAUAGGAAUCUGGGACCGGACUUAUGCGAGCUUACUACAGUACAACAGAAGGCAUAAAUACGAGUAUCUUGAUUCGUACUUGUGAUUGCUUUCAUCUCCAUAAAGAGUACUGAUUUUUAUUAGAAAGGAAAAUCAAAUAGAAAUAGAAAGAAAGAAAGAGAGAGAAAAGAGGGAACUAUAGAUUUUACAACCCACACCUUUUUUCUAAUUGUAUUUGUCUACCUAUGUAAUGUAUUUUGUUGUUAGUUGGUUAAUUUAGAAUAAGAAACUCGGGCCCAGAACUUAUAAUGUGUAUAGUAUCUGUUCCAACUUUUACUGAAGUAAAUUGUGAUCACGAACUUUCCUUCUCU